AGCUCCAAAUGCCUCAGUAUCAAUUCCGCACCCUGGUUCAAUUGCCAAUGCCUCGCAAGUACUUCAUUGGUGGCAACUGGAAAUGCAAUGGGACCCGUAGCUCUGUGCGUGAUCUGGUGGCCAUCCUCAAUAAGACCGUCGUGAAUCGUUCCCAAGUGGAUGUGAUCGUGGCGCCACCGUCGCUCCACCUGGACCAAGUCCAGCAGCUCCUCCAGCGCAGCAUCGCUGUUUGCGCGCAGAACGUGAGCUUAACGGGGCUCGGAGCCUUCACAGGCGAGAUCGCAGCCGAGCAACUCGCGGACUUGGGCAUUUCGUGGACCAUCACUGGUCACUCGGAACGCCGCGCAUACUACGGUGAGACGGACGAGAUCGUGGCCAAGAAGACGAAGCGCGCACUGGAUCUCGGUCUCCAGGUCAUUUUCUGCAUUGGUGAGACGCUGGAGCAGCGCAAGGCGGGCCAGACUUUGGACGUGCUGACGAGGCAGACGAAGGCGUUGGCAGCGAUCAUCGGCGAGAAGGAGUGGGGGCGCGUGGUGGUCGCAUAUGAGCCCGUGUGGGCUAUUGGCACGGGCGUUGUUGCUACUCCGGCGCAGGCGCAAGAAGCUCAUCAGAAACUGCGUCAGUGGCUUGCUAGCAACGUGUCGACUAGCGGGGCUGAAAAAUUACGGAUCAUCUAUGGAGGAUCCGUCAAUGGGAAGAACUGUCAGGAGCUGAUCAGGUUGGAAGAUGUCGACGGCUUUUUGGUGGGCGGAGCGUCGCUCAAACCCGAAUUCGACACUAUCAUCCGGAGCGCGCUGUAAGCUUGGAGGGGAAAUGUUGCUGCGUGAAGUUGCCAAUAAACUUGCUUUUUUUUACAC